UCAUCACCCUCCCUCCCUUCGUCGAUCCACAUUAUUAUUAGGGAUUGGCAGGCACAUCCGAUCCACAUGGCGCUCCCGCAGCUCCGCGUGCUCCACACCGCCCUCCUCACGCCCUCGCCAGCUUCUCCCGCACUGCCGCCCCGCUCCCUCCCGCUCACCUUCUUCGACGUCAAGUGGCUCCACCUCCCGCCCGUCGAGCGCCUCUUCCUCUACCGCCUCGCCCCGGACGCCGACGUCCCCGCCAUCCUAUCUGCGCUCAAGGACUCUCUUUCCCGCGCUCUUGGCGCCUUUUACCCGCUGGCCGGCCACGUCCGCCUCACCCCCGGCACUACGCACAACCGCUACGACCUCUUCUACCAGCCUGGCGAUGCUGUCCCCUUCACUGCUGCCGAGUACGACGUUGACAUCGACGACCUCGCCUCCGACGACCCUGUCAAGGUGGCCAAGAUCGCAUCACUUGUGCCGGAUCUGCCCAAGGGCCGCGCGGUGCUAGCCGUGCAGGCCACGCUCUUACUGCCGGGGCACCGGGGCCUCGCUCUCGGUGUCACCGUCCACCACUCCGCCUGCGACGGUACCAGCUCCACGCACUUCCUCCACACCUGGGCGGCGGCCUGCGCCGGAGCAGAGCCACCUCCACCGCCCCCGGUCAUCGACCGCGCCCUCAUCCCUGACCCCGGGGGCCUCUACGACAUCUACAUGAAAAGCCUGCCGCCGAUGAUCUCCAACGGCGACGAGUUCGAGUUCGCCAGCAAGAAGCCCGUCGUCGACGACAAGCUCCUUGCCACGUUCACGCUACCCCAACAACUCCUGGAGAGCAUCAAGGGCGCGGUCGCCCGCGAGGCGUCGAGGCGCUGUUUGCCGCCGCCCCGGUGCUCAUCGCUGCUCGCCACCUACAGCUUCAUCUGGUCUUGCUACUGCCGAGCGAGAGAACCGACGCCGAGGGGGGAGAAAAGGAAAAGUUACUUUUUGUUCUCGGUCGAUCAGCGAGCGCGGCUGAGGCCGGCCGUCCCGGAAAAGUACCUGGGCAACUGCCUCUGCCCGGCCAUCGCCAUUGCGGCCGAGGACGAGGUCGCAGCCGCUGGUGCGGGCGGACUGUUCGCGGCGUGCGCGGCAGCGGCGGCGGCAGUCGAGGAUGAGGUGGGCGAGGGGGCGCAGGGCAGGUGGGACGGAAGCGUGGCUCGGGUGAAAGAGGCGGUGGCGAACGGGACUCUGUCAGUGGCCGGGUCGCCGAGGUUCCGAGUGUACGACGUCGACUUUGGUUUCGGGCGGCCAGUGAAGGUGGACAUCGUAUCGGUGGCGAAUACAGGCGCGAUAUCGGUGACGGAGGGCCGUGGAGGGUCAGGUGGUAUGGAGGUGGGCAUCUCUAUGCCGGCGGAUGCCAUGGACAGGUUCCGGAGGUGCUUUGCCGACGCCAUCGCCUCGCUCUCACCCCUGCGUGCUCCGUAGUUAAGAUUUCCGGCCGGGUGCAACAGGAGCCCUUCGUUCGUUGGUUGGUUAAGAAAGAGGAGGUUAUAUUCCCUAAAUUGUUUUAGGGGAUUUUUCUUUCUUACCUGAGGGCCUCAAUUGAACUGGAAUUUCCUCCACUUUUGCUUGUUAAUGAUAAAAGGUUUUGUGGGCCUAAGGGCUUUAGCCUAUGAAAGGAAAUAUUCUACAGUCAAUCGAUGUGAAUUUGGGCUUUCAAACUAAAUGGGCCUGGACUUUCUACUUCUUGAAAGAAAGAAAAGGAGAUAGCACAACUGCAUUUUUUU